AUGGCAGAAAGCAGUGGCUCAAAUUUGGUGUCCUACAACCUUACAGAAGGACAGUCAAGCAACAGACUGCCUCUUUUCAAUGGAAAAAACUAUACCUAUUGGAAGGAGAGAAUGAAAAUCUUUGUGCAAGCAGUAGACUACAGGCUUUGGAAGAUCAUCCUAGAGGGUUCUCAGUUUCCAACUAACACAAAUGCUGAAGGAGUAGUUACUCUUAAACCAGAAGCAAGCUGGACCGAGGAAGAUAGAAAGAAGGUGGAGCUAAAUACCAAGGCUAAAAAUGGUGAAGUUCAAAGGCAAAUGAAGAAAGACCUUAGCAAAGUAACUUAUUACAACUGCAAGGAAAUGAGGCACUUCAAAUCUGAUUAUGAUGAUGAUGAGGAAUCCGAGACCAAGUCACAACCAUGUCUCAUGGCAGAUCACAUAGAUCAGUUCAUCACCGUUGCACUCACCACACCAAAAAAAAUCACACCCGGAAGCAGUGCUCAGAAGUCUAAAGGGUUUGCCUUGAAUAAUACCAAGGAGUCAGCAAACCUGGAGACAUGGGAUUUCAAGAAAAAGCUCCAAAAAUCACAUUCUCACUAUGAUCCAUCUAGGUUCAACUCUUGUGUAUCCUAUGAAUUCCACAAAGAAGAUAUGAGAAAACGUCAUCUCUGCGCUACUUACCUCAUCGAUCUUAACUCACUCACCAACAAAGGAAUCCAUGUCUCUUCUCUGUUUGACAACCUUCAAUGGACACCACUGCUUCACAUUCAAAAACCGGUUUAUCCCGGUUUGGUCUGUGAAUUCUAUGCCAACAUGCGACUAAUGGAUGGCAUCAUUCACUCCUAUGUGAAGGGAGUUCACAUAAUCCUUGAUAUUGCAACCCUUGGGAUGGCUCUAGGCUACAAAGAAAAGGGACCAAGGGUAUACAUGUCCAAGAAAUGGGAUUUACAGAUUGGGAUCACUUACCAGAUGGCUUUAAAUCAAACCUGCGAAAGUCUCUCUAGAAUGGAUGGUACGAAUCCAACUCUCAAGGAACUUGGUCCAGAUAAGACAAUUCUUCUUUACAAACUCAUAUCUCAUGUUCUUAUACCACAAAGUAGUUCACGCCACCGGGUAACAAUUUCUGACUUUCUUGCUCUUGUUACUUCUUCUCAAAUUUCCUUUGCAUACCUUAUGAUAAGGCAUAUGUGGAAAUCUGUAAAGGAUACCAAAAAGGCUAGUCUUCCAUAUGGCAUGUUUCUCACCAGCAUUUUUGAGUAUUUUGAAGUUGAUUUAACAAAUGAAGCUGUUGAGAAUAAGGUUUCAGUCAUUAAGGGAGGAUGA